AUGCCCGAGCCUCUGUGUGAGUCCUCGGGCCCGGUACAGUCGAUUCGCCGCGCGGUUACUCUUCCCACGAAGUUAAACCCGCAGGCGCAACGCGAUUCGGUUGCGCCAAAUGUCUCGGAAAACGUCAUCUUCUAUCAUCCAUCCGCAAAGAUUGUCCAUUUCGCGCCCAGAGCACUGGUACCGAUCCCGUCGAGCUCCGCGCCGUCCGACUUUGACUACCCCGUUGAUACGAUCGAGACCCUCCCCUGGCGCUCGGCCACCGAACGAACUGUCGCAACUGCACCCCUCAGGCUAGAAAGAGGCUUGACCGUGUUUUUGAAAUGCGGAAAUGUCGUUCGUGCGAUCUUGAAGAACUCCCAAUGCUGGUGCGUGGACGGCGUGUCCAAGUUCGUAUUGCGCAUUCGCCCUCUCACCUAUUAUCGCAUCGAGUUACCACAUGAGACUGCAGAGGAUAAGGCGCUGGUGGAGGAUCUCAAGGCUGCAUUGCCGACUGUACUCCGAUAUGAGGUCACACCAUGUCCUUUCAAGCGCGCGUUUACCGUCGACUUGCCUGAGCAAGCCAUGGCACCACGGCGCAAGAAGGCGUGGAAACCAAAGGAACGCACAGAGGGCGUUCCAUUACUCUCGGGAAGCAACCAAAGUUCUCAUCUUGAAAGCAAGUUGGAUUGGCUGGAUUCCGCUAGUACUGGUUACGACACAGAUGAAGCUGCCACGGACGAUAGUAUCUUAACUCCCCAAAGGACAAGCAGCACGACAUCGGAAGCUAUACCUGUUGGUGAUGAGUCUCCAACCUUAGCCAGUGAUUCCGGCAAUUCUUCCAACCCAGAGCCAACCAGACGCUCCGUCACGGAGACGCCGCAGACGUUCACUAGUCUUCGGGCGAAAUUCGACGCUACCCCUGUUCUGGAUGAAUCUCCUGCCUCCGAAGAACCGGAAACUAAGGAAGAGGCUCGGGCAUUUGAUGAAUCUGCGCCUGCCACCGAUGAGCCAGUGGUUGAGGGUGCUAAUGAAAUGAACGAAUCUCCCAUUUCCAAGGACGCUAAUGAACCUGAAGACGCUUCAGUACCACCAGAUACUCCCAAGUCUCAGGAUACUUCGUUUGCUGAAAUGACCGCGGUGCCACCAGUGACUAUGCGAGAACAAAAUCCCUCUGCAGGUGACUUGCAGGGCCAGUCGGCACUUCCAGAAGCUACAAAGGCUACUGUCCCGGAAGAUACUCCUAGUGCUAGCCGACCCAAAGCAACCUCAAAUGCUGCCCAGGUACAGGUUCUGGAGGAGAUUAAAAACGAGCCUCAUCCCGAAGCCAUUCCGAGUUCCGAAGAUGCUUCUAUACAAACUGAAAUUUCAGCCUCGGCGGCAGAUGUAACUCCUGAGCCAGUUCUUAUAUCACAAGAUAUCAUCUCAGAACCUGUCCCUAUUUCAACCGACGAAUCUGGCUCAGAACCAAACCAUGACAGCUCUUUUGCAUCUUCACCGGAAUCAUUCCAUUCUGUCGAUCUUCCCUCGUUUCAGGACUCCCACUCUUCCUAUUCAGCUUCUAUGAAGUAUCCUGAUGCUACAUCCAGGCCAGGAACUUCUGUUGCUGCCUCUGUGGCUGAGCUCUCUACAAAAGAAGGUCCUGUGGCUGAGUCAUCUGGAAGUAGCCUUCCUUCAGGAAUGGACAUACAGAAUACUCGUCGCUCGCCGAAGGGGCUCGUCAACGAUUCUUCGCAGCCGGAACUCAGGAUGCCAAAGUACAUAGUUCGAGAAGAUACGCCAAAGAAGCCGUCACUGGGCGUUCCUUCCAGCAACAAAGUGGCCGUUGCUAGUGCUCCGUCACCAGUCACAGAUUUCCACCAUAUGAGCACUGAAUUCCGUCGUCGGGCACAGGCAACCAGACGACGUGCUGUCUCCCCUAUGCCGCCAUCUUCCACCAUUUACCAACCUCCUCCGAACGACCAUGCUUCUUCUCUUCUGACAAAAGCUUUGUCGCUUGUGUUGGUACCGCCAAUCCACCUUUUCAUCAUCCUGCUCCACGUUGCGGCUCGCAUUGUCAUCAGUCCUGCUCUCAACUCUACUCGUAGAGAUUCCAGCUCAGGAUCCCAAUCCUUUAAUAAAGAGCCCGUCACUGAAACUGAAGAUGAUUUCAGUUUCCCGUUGGAGCGCGAUUCUUCUUCUGAAUAUGAAGACGCCGAGAUGUCCAGGAAGUUGGAUCCCUGGGAUCUUGACUAA